AUGUUGCCAGGAUCGCUUCCCUGGGACCUAGACGCCAAAACUCUCGCGGCCGCCUAUGAAUGGCGAAAAGAUCUUCUCGAGCGCGAUGAAAGGCCUCCGCCUCGAGUAGUAGGGGCCAUGUUAAAGGAGCUCCGUAAUGCUUUCUUGGAAGUAUGGGCUGAACGGCUUACAAGUCCAGGAGCAGGAUCAAGGACUGUAGGUGCUGUCCGUCGUGUCCUUCAGGAAUGGGUGUGCAGGCGUCAUGGCGAACACGGUUGCUUCAGCAAUUACUUGAUCGCCCGAAAGGAAUCCACACGUUGUUGCCACCACUGCGACGACAGCGAGGAUAAUGCGCAGCAUACCCUGGAGGUUUGUUCAGCAUGGGCAAUACAACGACAGUACAGAAUACAGAAACUCGUUGCGGUACUGGGUGGGGAUCUCUCGCUGCCUUCUGUUAUAGCCUCAAUGGUUGGCUUUCAAAGAAAGUGCGGAAAGGGGGCGGGAGCUGUCGGCCACUCACCCGAUUCGUGCCCGAUGCACAAGGGCUUAGAGGAGGGCUGA